AUGACGGACCUAACGGAGGAACAGAUGGUGGAGUUCAAGGAUGCGUUCAGCUUGUUCGAUCAAGUGGGCGAUGGUAACGUGGAAAAAGCUCAGGUACCAGACAUUUUGAGAUCAGUCGGGUUGAAUCCAACAAAACACGACGUCGAAAGGGUGAUGGAGACUCUCAAGUCACGCAAGGAUAAGAGAAUAGAGUUCGAAGUCUUUUUAUCUGUCUAUGUUUCGCUCGCCAAGAAGCAGACGGGCAGCCCGGAGGAAUUUAUCCAGGCGCUGAGAAAUUUUGAUCGCGAUUUCAAUGGCAAGAUUAGCGCCGCGGAGCUUCGCCGCAUGUUAACCGCCUUAGGGGACCGAUUAACGGAAGAACAGGCCAAUGUGAUCGUAGGUUUGUACGAGAAGAAAGGAUAUGUGGACUACGAGAAACUUGUUUAUGAGGUUAUGUCAAAUAACCCUGCAAACUAG